CCACAGGUUCUCCAGUACCUCCUGACCGGCCUCUUUGCUGACAUGGCCUCUGCUGAGGUGUCAGCAACAGCAGCCCUGGGGGAUGUGCCCAUCUUUGCACUGGAUCCUGCCAACUGGAGCAUCCACUUCCACUGGCCCUGGGUCAGCCAGGCUGCGGCCGAGGGUGACACCGAGAAGCUGAUGUCCCAAAGUAAAAUGGCUCUGCGCAAUAUGGUCCGAUACGUGCAUGACAAAGUCCAGCAGACAGAAAUGGACUACCCUCUGGUGGUCCAAAUCCGUGCGGGCUGUGAGCUGCACCCCAACACAUCAAGCUGGGGCUUCCUGCGUGUCGGGGAGGGUGGCAAAGACCUUGUAGCUUUUGAGGUGGAUGAAGAGCGCUGGGAGAUGCAGCAGACAUCCCAGCUGGCAGAGCAGGUCAUCACAGACCUAAACAGAGCGACGUCCGUCAAAGUACUCCUGGAGUACCUCCUGUCCUUCAUCUGCCAGAGCCAAAUCCGCACCCUGAACAAGUACGGGAGGGCCACUCUGGAGAGACAAGAGCUGCCCGUGGCCACGGUCUUUGCCCGCACGCCCAGCCCACACCAGCUGCUGCUGGUUUGCCACGUCACCGCCUUCUACCCCCGGCCCAUCAGUGUGGCCUGGCUGAGGGAUGGCCAGGAGGUGCCUCCGGGCCCGCAGCUCAACACCAGCCCCAUCCUGCCCAACGCUGACCUCACCUACCAGCUCUCCAGCGUCCUGGCCGUGGCCCCCCAGGACGGGCACAGCUACGCCUGCCGCGUGCGCCACCGCAGCCUGGGCACCCGCAGCCUCCUCGUCCCCUGGGGGAACUCCCACCUGCUGCUGAUCACAGGGCUCCUGGCCGGGCUGCUGGCAGCCGGGGCUCUUGCUGCCCUGCUGCUGCGUUGCCUCUGGAGACGCAG